UAUGUAAUUAUUAUACAAAUACCACACUAAAGCAAAAUACAUGUAACUAAAAAGUAAAAAUGACCUAGUUAACAAUGUUCACAGAAUAAAAGAGGUAUUUCCAUCUUAUUUAUGUUUCCAUAAAAAAGAAAUCAGGCAUUUCUUGUAAAUAAUGUUUCCUCUUCAGUAUUUGCAUUUCAGCUUAUAUUAUAAUGGCAUGGUCCCAGCAAAAAUUAAUUCUUAGUAAGAAAGAAGAAGAUCAGCUGUCAUCGUGGAUAGGAAAUCCGUGUCAAUUUCAGUUGUUAUACAAAGCAAGUCGGGAUGGAUUGUCAGCGCAAACAUUUCACAGAUUGUGUGAUAACAAAGGUCCUACAGUAACUGUUCUCCAAAACUCCAUCGGAAAUGUGUUUGGGGGGUAUCUCUCUAGUAGUUGGAACUCGAACAAUUCAAUGAUUAAGGACGACAAUGCUUUUCUUUUCCAAUUGCAACGACGUUAUGUAACAACUACACAAAGAGUAAAUGUUCAAACACCAGAAACGGCUGCGUGUGGGGUGCAGUCCUGGGGUCCAACUUUUGGAGGAAGUUCAGAAGAUCCUCGAGAUUGUAAGGAACCUUGGAAUUUUACUAAAAAAGAGCUGUUUGACUUAGAUCAAGACUUUGAUCUAAGAACUUUCUUUGAUAAUAACAGUAAUGUUGGAUUUCAAUGGGGGUUUAAAGGAGGUAUUAAUCGUGGACAAAGGGCAUUUGCCCAAAACAAAAACCAGCAAUUUAUUAACCUCAAUGGACAAGAAAAUUUAGGAAACAGUUAUGGAACAUUCGGAUCCAACACUUGUCAAUUAUCCGAGGGGGAUUUCAAUGUUAUAGAUCUUGAGAUUUACCUUGUCAAAGGUGAUGAAAAAAGUGCGGCAAAAAAGGUUGAAACUUUCUGCUCGCAGCCUUGGAGAGAAAUGCCAGUCUGGAAUGUCCAGUCUUUUCAAUCCUUAAAAGAUUAUGUAACAGGCUACCACCCGAUUGAAGAUUCAAAUGUGAAAGAUGUCAAUAUUCUGCUGCUUGGCCAAGUUGGAGCUGGAAAAUCUAGUUUUUUCAACACAAUUAACUCAAUUUUCAGAGGGGAAAUAACAUCCCGCGCAUGUACAGGAAGCUCUGAUCACAGCUUGACAAAAACGUUUAGAAAAUACAGAAUUCGGAAUCCAAGUACAGGUCGCUAUUUAAAUUUAAAACUGUGUGACACUCGGGGACUGGAGGAGAGUUUUGGUGUUCAUACCCAGGAUAUUGCCUAUAUUCUAGAUGGACAUAUUCCUGAACAUUAUCAGUUUAAUCCAGCUUCAAACGCUACACCCAAAGUACAAGGUUUUCUGAAAAAUCCCAAGAUUGAAGAUAGAAUCCACUGUGUGACUUUUGUUAUAGAUGCAAGUACUAUUGACGUCAUCACUGACUCAGUACUUCAUCACAUUAAAGAGGUUCAAAACAUAAUUGUCGAGAGAGGUAUUCCACAAACAGUUUACAUGACGAAACUGGAUAAAAUAUGUCCAGAUGUCGAUCAAGAUGUGACAAAGCUUUUCCUAAGUAAUACAUGUAAACAGGCCGUGGAUAAGGUUGCUGAGAUGAUUGGAGUACCCAGGUCACAUGUUUUCCCCGUGAAGAAUUACGAGAAGGAGACCCGUUUACACGUGACCAUCAACAUCCUGGCUCUCACAGCUCUCCGACAAACUCUUGUGUUCGCAGACGACUACUUGGAAGAUCAGUACGAAAUUGGUGAUGUGUACUGAUUCCAUGUAUUACCAAGUGGCUAAAUGGGGGAUAAAUAUCAAAUGUAUAAUAUAUUUAAAGACCUAUCAAAUGUUUACAAAUAUAAGGCAAUAUUGUUAAAUGAUGUGAUUGUAUACGUAGUUACUAGUGGAUUGUGUCACACACACACGAUUUAGCAAUUAGCUUCCUUGUAAUGGAAUAAGCAUAAUAAUAAUGGACUCAAUCCGUCGUUGUCUCGGCUGUCCUGAGUAUAUAUAUAAUUUUUUGAACUUCAUCUAAAGUGCCUUGUGGUUGCUUUAUACAUGAGUGAAACAUUUUCAAAUGGAAAGUAAGAAAUAAAAUCAAACGAUCGCAUUUAAUAUUUAACAUAGCAAUUUAUUGGUUUUACGUACAAUAUGUGUCAAUUUUUUUAUGCAAAGUUGUUGCAUCUUAUCCCUUCCUUUUAAUUAUAUUCCUUUUCCACGUGUAUAUAUUGCCUAUGUAUAAGAAAUAAAUACAUUUCAAAUUUGAAUUCCAAUCUAAAAUUCACUUUCUCCCUUUUUGAUCCCCCAGUCUUGUUUUAGAUCGAGAAAAGGAAAACAACAUCACUAAAGGUAUAUUUAAGACGUUUUAAUACUCAAUGCAAUACAUGAAGCAAAUCUCUGCAUCAAUAAAGUGUAUAUAAUUCUGUUUCUCUUUGAAAAAAAAAAUAGAAAUAAAAAUUAUCAAGGAAAAAUUGAUAAUACCAAAUUUGCAAUGUAUAUCGUAAUGUAUGAUUCUUAACAGAAGCAUUUCCGUCUUCUCAAAUUGCAACGAUUGAUUCUGCAGAACAACUAUUUUUAAGAAUAAAAAAAAUCUUUCUUUUUCCUUUCCAGACGUUCUGUUGAAGAGAAAUCGGUCUGCAACUCCACUAUUAUAAUUUUUUCUCUGAUUUCUAUUGAUAUAAUUAAUACUCACCUCGUAUAAUAUAUAUUUUUGAUGAUAUUAUAAGUUUAAUUCAUAUAAUAUUAUGUUAUCCUUUUAAGAGGUUCUUUUGAAGAAUUUAAAGUACAGCCUUUAAUACAUUGAUUUGUUUUAGAUGUUAAAAAAAUUCUCUGAAAUUUGGUCUUUUGACACUUUUGUUUCAAU